AUGGUCAGACUAAAGGAGAGAUAUCUCUUGGUCAACAUCGUCUAUCUGCCCGAUGCAGGAUCUGCCAGUGGUGGUGGCAGCGUCCCCAACCGCGUCGUGCAGCACCGACCGACUACUGACAAGCUCACGCAUCAGACUCUGCUCAAGGCCAUCAGGGCGGAGAUUGCGACGCUCUUUGGUGAAUAUGGAUCUGGUGCACUAGAUGGAACGAUUUGGGUCAAGUACUUGUCUCUUGCGACAUCCACCUUCAUCAUUCGCUGCCCCAGAGCUCACUACCAGAUGCUCUGGGCCGCUUUGACCUUUAUGGACCAUGUUCCUGCCAAAGAUGGCCGUGGUCAGCCGUGCAUCUUCCGCGUUGUACGCGUCAGCGGUACUAUCCGCAAGGCAGAGGAGGAAGCUAUUCGCCAGGCUAGGAUGCAUAUUCUCGCUGCUGAGGCAGAACAUGCGCAUUCUUUAUUCACGUCUACAUUGUCAUCAUCACUGCCGGACACUUCCGGUUCCGAUGGGCGUGAGUCUGUGGCAAUGGAUGUCACGGAUGACGAGAGCGACGACAAUGACGAGUCUAUGAUGGACGCCGACGGUUGA